UCACAGUGCGCUUGCGCAGUGUCCUCGUGGUUCCGGGUCCUGCUCUGGUUCUCAGAGCUGUUCGCAGAGACUGAAGCUCGGAGUCCGAGCGACCCCCGGAAACCCACAGGAAACCUGUUUCCCUUACUUGAACCUGCUGUGAGAAUCUAGCCGCGGGUCACUGCAGUUUCUUUGAAACCUUUGUAGACUCUGAGGCGUGGUCAAGGUCGAACGGCUGUGGCUGCGUUGGCGUCGGCAUACGCACACCGGCUACACCGGCUGAGCCCUGCGAGGCUUUGUGGAGCCGGGAUGACCCACUCUUUGGUUUGUCCAGAGACAGUGAGCAGGGUGAGUUCAGUGCUGAAUCGCAACACUCGGCAGUUUGGAAAGAAGCAUCUGUUCGAUCAGAAUGAGGAAACGUGCUGGAACUCGGACCAGGGCCCCUCCCAGUGGGUGAUACUAGAGUUUCCUCAGCGCGUCCGUGUCUCCCAGCUGCAGAUCCAGUUCCAGGGGGGUUUCUCCAGUCGCCGGGGUCACCUGGAAGGUUCCCAGGGGAAUGAGGCUCUUAGCAAGAUUGUGGACUUCUACCCUGAGGACAACAACUCACUUCAGACCUUCCCUGUGCCAGUUGCCGAGGUGGACCGGCUGAAGGUGACAUUUGAGGACGCCGCUGACUUUUUUGGCCGAAUUGUCAUCUACCACCUGCGCGUGCUGGGGGAGAGGGCGUGAGGCCACUGAGUACUAACUAACUCCUCCAGGAAGCCCUUGGGGAAUCACAGUGAAGUCCUUCAGGUUAUGCACAGAAGGUUUAUUGGUUCCUCUUGGGAAGGAUCCCCUCCCACUGUCUGUCCAGGAGCUGCCUUUGAAGCCAGUUCUGGGUUCCCCCAGCUCUGCGUCAACUGUUUUGUUCCCUGAGUAUCUGAGUCCCCAGCAGGCAGCCUUCACUCAGGAUCUGCGGGCACCAGGUUGCUCUGGAAGAGUUUGAGGAUGUGGUUCUCGAUCACCUGUUGCAC